UGUAUUGUUGGCAAACGGUAAAAACCGUGUGCUAACGAUUGUUUACGUGUAUAAGAUUCCAAUUUAUUUAUUGGUUGAUUUAUGCAUUAAGAGUAAAUCACGUAAGCUGUGCUUUUUCAUUUAAUAAAUGAAGUGAUUAUUUGGUUUUGCCUAACAUACAAAAUUUAUUUGAAGUUGUGGAAUUACACAUCUCGCAUUUAGUGCCGCUAAAACCUACUGCAACGCCAGUUAUUCAAAAACGUUGGAAGGAGGUGAAUCGGAUGCAAGGAACUGUGUUCGGCAGACAUGCUGUGACAUGGUGUGCAGGAGCAGCUGUAUGAUGCAGGCAGGCGAAGAGGUCCCGCUCCUGGUACUAUGGAUGUGAGCACCUAUGGAGAGCACCCCGCGUCAUCUGGCCUGAUGGAGAUGCAGUCUGCGCUGGUGAACGGACAGCCCGGCGAGGUCGGCUUGAACAAGAGGGACCUUGAGCGCAGCGAUAGCUUCCCGUGGGACGACGACAACUGCAACUCCAUUGGGGACGAGGCCCCGGGCGACGGGGCCGCCAGGCCUGCCGAGAUGUUCCUCCAGGAGGGUAUGGGGGUGGCUCACAACAGCGGUCAGGGGAGCGUGGGCGGGGAGAACGUACGAGAUGGUGUCGGUGGUGGGGAGCAUUUCCUGCUCGGUUACCAGCCCGGCCCGGCAGACGGCAGUCACGGGCCAGGCCCGGUCCCCGUCGGCAAGCACUCGGAGUAUGCUUCCCUGGAUGACGUGCACAAGGGAAAUUUGUUUAGGUGUGAUGUUUGUCAAGAGGCAUUUCAUGCAAGUGGAGCUUUGAAAGAACACAUGGUGCAUAUGGGACACUUUAAGUGCAGCAUGCCUGAAUGUUCGAAUCAGAUAUUUACCACCUCUGAUGAGCUGAUGGCGCAUCAAGUGACCGUGCACGCCGGGCCACAGUUUGUACAGAAUCCUCAGCUUUACGAUGGAAACACGUUUCAGCACGAACAGCCGUACAUGCCACAGCCAGAGCAGUUUCAGAACUUCCAACAGCAACAGACUCUCCCAGCUGCCGACAACUUUCUGCAGCAGACACAACACCUGGGUCAGCAAAUAAGCAUCCAACCACGUUCUUUCAACAAUGUGGAACAGCAUUCACAGUUUGGGGAUCAAACCAGCCAACAUUCUUUAAGCAACUUGUCGCUGCAGCAGCAUAACACCACGGCUACUCCUCAGUACGGCAAUAACGGCACCUCACAGUCGCAGCAUAGUUCAGACUUUACUCAGUACAGUGAUAACUCCAACCCACCAUCAUCACAGUCGAUGCCUCCGAUCCAAACACGUCCAUUCAGUAAUGUUUCUCAGGCGUCCCCAUCAAGCUCUCCCUCAAACUCUGUUUCAUCACAUCCCCAAAUUCAGCUGCGUCCGUUCAGCAACCUCGUUCAGCAGCCACAGGUGUCGCCGGUGACCGCUCCACAGGUGUCGGCGGUGACCACCCCGCAGAUCCCGGGCAUCACCAUCACCCCGCAGAAGCGACCCCUGACCGGGGAUGGCCCCGACACUCCGACCAAGAAGCUCGUCACGGAGCUGGUGUUGGGGUCUGGCCAGGAGACGAUCGCGCAGACUCUGAGCAAGUUGGGGCAAGGACAGGAUCCGCGGCCACCGGCGGAGAAGAGCAACGCGAGCUCCGUGGCCAACAUGCUGGCGACACGCGGGAUCACGGUGACCCCCUCCGGGGGCCAGCAGAGGCAGCCGCAGCAGCAGCAGCAACAGCAGCAGCCUCCCACGCCCAUGUUGUCCUCGCUCUCGAUCACACCGUCGCAAGGCGCGGGGGGCAGCUUCCCGGUGCCUCAGGGACGGGGCUUGGUCUCGCGCCAGCAGCAGCAGCAGAGGGCGGUCCAGAGACCGGAUCGGCCGCCCACGGUGGACCUCACGAGAGAGGCGUCGCCCCCGCGACAGCUGCAGCCCCCCCAGCACCAGCCCAGGCAGAUGCCCCCGCAGAUGCAGCCGCAGAUGCAGCCGCAGAUGCAGCCACAAAUGAUGCAGCAGGGCAGGUUGCGGGGUCGGGCGAAGCCGGCGGGCAUGGGUCGCUUCACGUGCCAGAUCUGCUUCAAGGUGUUCUCCAGCAUGGAGACCCUCAACAACCAUAUGAACCUCCACCGCAGCCCUGGCAAGCCGCCUUAUAGGUGCACCAACUGCCCGGCGCAGUACUCGUCCCACCACGGGCUGCUGAUACACCAGCAGGCCUGCCUGCGCAACUUGGCGCCGCCGCCGGUGAAGGCGCGCCAGGCGGUGCCCCGCUUGCCGGCGCCCGCGCGCCAGCCGUCCGCCUCGGUGGCCGGCCAGGCGCCCAUCAUCGGCCAGCAGCAGGCCGGCGACUACGGCCUGGUGGUGGUGGACAUGCGCAACCCGGCGACGCUGAACCGCCUGCGCUCGCUGGGCGUCACCUCGUACCUGCCCUUCCCCUCGGCGGGCAACGUGCACGGCAUCCCGCUCAUCAACGCCAACCGGCCGGGCAACGUGGGCUACCUGGGCGUCACCCACAUGAUCCUCAUGGGUGCCAGCAUGCCGCUGCCGCGAUAGUGCGCCCUCGCGCCCUCGCGCCCUCGCUCCCUCCGGACUCUCUGUGUGCCUUGCCGGCCGGCGUCCCUCUACCGACCACCGUACAGCCACUUUGUUUCAUUUCACGUGUCUGGACAUCCCAAGGGUACAUGGGUGUUGGUACUUAUUAAUAAAAGUACCCUGUACUGAAUUGUUGGUAAUUUUAAAACGUCUUGUAUGUUUCCCAAAAACAAAUAUAUACACAUAUAUGUAUGUUUCAAAGUACUGUACGAACCAACAAAAAUAUUUUAUGGAGCUUGGAUUUCUCAAUUUAUUUUACAAACAAAAUUGGAAUAUAUGUAGUACAUAUACUUAUCUCCGAAUUCUGGGUGUACUAAAUAUUUGGAAUUCUGGAAGAGUACUGCAAUGAGAAUUUAAGAGUUUGUUUAGACAUUUGAACAGUUGGGCAGAAAAUUUAUGACGUUGUUGAAGUUUGCUAAAAAGUGUGUGUAGAUUUUUUUUAAUAUAAGGUGUACAUGAGGAGUAAAUGAAUCCAAGAAUCUUGCCUGUUUUUCCCCUGAUCAAUUACACAUAUGAUUGUUCUAAAUCAUUUGAUCUGUUGGCUAGACUGUUUUGUAUAUGACUAGUAAAAAUUAUAUUUUUUGAAGUGGAAUUUUAACAUUUCUUUUAGUCCGUCUGCUAUCUCUCACGUGUCGUCUUUAAACACAACCUACCUUUGAUUGCAGCUGUUCUCAUAGGUAACAGCGUAGACAUGUUUAUAUGGUUGAUUGUUUACAUCACACAGCUUAAUACUGUUGAGUUCUAGUAUUUGGCAGCUGUAUGUUACUUAUCAAAAUGGAUAGCCAAGUGGAAAGAAAGUCCCUUUGUCCCCUUUUGUUUGUCUUAAAAAUAUGUUAGUUGUGCUUUUGGCCAAAGGAAUGAUCACACCCGCGUAAGGAGGACAUGAGAACAUGCGUGUACGGAUGCCGGCCUGUUGGAGGAGAGACAUAGUUUGUGUGUGUUUGCUUUAUUCUUAGAUACUCUAGAGUGUACAAAGUUUAAGUCGAUUUCCUCCCACCCCACAUCAAGAAUGAUGUCGUUUUGGUGUUUUUAUCUGACGUAAUCAUUUUUAUUAUUUUUGUACAAAAAAAAAGAGUAUAUGAAAUAGAUGAGACAAGUGUGUUAGUAUAAAAACUCUCAAACAUUGACUGUUUUUUUUGUUAACUUACUGUUGUGGUUAAGAUAAUGUUUGAAAUAUUUUAUGUUGUUUUUAUAAGACGUCAAUUGACAUUGACUACUUUUAAGUUAGGUUUGGGCAAAAAGUGCUAUGAUAGUGCCAACCAAAGUUCCAUGGAAGAGAUGUAGUACAAGUUGGAAGUGGAUAAAGGGUGGUGUGUGUUGGCUGUACUGGCAAACAAAAAGGAUUUGGUUGUAAGUUGCUUUGAAUAAAAUAUUGUUUAUUGUA